AUGCUGGCCCGGAAGCCUCCAUUUUUCCGCAAAAAAGAGGAUGCUCUGGAAUAUCUAUGUGACUAUAAAGUGCCGGUCGGGCGGGCCCUUUGGUUCUUGAAACUGAUUGCUGUCGGUGGCCAGGGCUGUACCAGUAAUGUCAAUAAACAGAAGAAAUCAACCGGCGACCAACUUGCCUCUGAGCACGCGGCUUUGUUCACCAAAUACGUGAAGUUGAUGCUAAAUCAGAUGAGCGAUAGCGCUAAGCUGGAAUCGAAUAUUGUCUACACCGAUCGAUGGCCACACUUCAUUUGGAUAUGCAAACAUGCCUACGAGGAUGGAAUGAUCGAGAAGCAAGAAUUCCUGAUGGAUCUCUUGGAUAUUUUCAAUGAUCGUUUUGUGCAAUCUCCUGCAAGCACGCAGAAUGGAGUCGUUUGGAAUAGCAGUCAGCCGCAUUUCAAAACUUUGUUCCGCCUCUUUCUUAUGUUUUUUUGCCAAUAUACUGAUCAAUUGACACAAAACAUGGUGUUGGCACGGAGAUGCGCAUUCCUGGUAUGUCGGAGACUCGAGCUCUACCGCGAUGAAGCAGAGCAACGGGAUGGAAGACCGGUGGAUUGCGCAGAAUUAUUCGACGAUAUGCAGCAAUGUAUUCAUCAGCGUGCAAUAAUCCUAAUACUGUGU